GUUUACCCAAUUCGUCCAUUUUGGUUGUUUUCAUAGGUCGAAGUUGAAAAUCGCCAUCAGAAGAAACAUAAGUGGUAGAGCUAACCACUGACUCAACUGACUGCUUAAUUAGUGCAUUGAAUUGUAAACAACUUUCAAAUCAAAUGCACAAUAUUUAAAGUUAUGGCUCCAUCAGUCUCACGAAGACAUACACCUGCUAAGUAUGCUAAAGAGCUGAUAGCUGCUAUCAUAGCUAUACGUCAACAGAAACAGAUACCUAAUUUUGAGAGAAUUUCACGCUAUCUUCAACGCAAUAUAGAUAUCACACCACGGAAGAUCAAAGAACACCUAAAUAAUGCUGUAAGCGAUGGGCUAAUUGUGGAAUAUACUGCUAUUGGGUUCAAAGGUCAAAGGACUGGUUUAGAACAAGAAGGCUACAGAGUUCCACAAACUGGAGAAGUAGAUGUGGUAAAUGAUGGCCAUGACUGGUACUGUUCCGAGUGUCAUAGCCCUGGAGAAGUAUUUGAAUGUUGUGAAUGUUUUAGAGUUUAUCACCAAGGUUGUACAAAGGAGGACACAUCAGGGGAAACAUUUACUUGCUCUAUUUGCAGGGCUGGCAGGAAAAAAAAUAAAAUGAAGAGAAAAAUGUUGAACACCUUAUUAAGUUAUACAGUGCUACGCCUUAGAGAAAAGACCAAGGAACUUCAUAAAAUUUCCACCAAAUUAAAUGCUGAUGACUUCAAACGCUUUGUGUAUAGAAAAAUGGACUUAAAUAGAAUGGAGCAAAAAGUGCAAUCCUCACGUUAUAAAUGUUUAGAAGAAUUUUUAGCUGAUGCCAAAGUUAUUCUUCACAAUUGUACACUUGUGUUUGGAGAUGACAUGAAUGGAAUGGCUGGCCUUGCUUCAAUCAUGGUAAAAGACUGUAAGUAUGAGAUAGAUGAAAUUGAGCUGUGUCCUAACUGCUACUACAUGUCUAAUGCUAAACCUGAAGAUUGGUUCUCACAGCCGUGUAAUCCACCGCAUGACAUAGUUUUUGCUAAGCAAAAAGGCUACAGCUACUGGCCAGCAAAAGUUGUCCGUGAUUUAGGUGGAAAAUUUGAUGUACGUUUUUUUGGAGGCUGGCAUCAAAGGGCAGUGAUACCAGCUGAAUAUAUUAAACCCAUAACAACCGAUCUCAAAUCCAUGGCUAUUAAAAAAACAAGUGGCUUUUCUAAAGCUAUGAAAGAACUAGCACGCUAUCAAGAGAUAUUAGAAGAGAGAGAGCAGAGUGCUGAAGCCAAUGGUGAGAGACCUGAAUCUGAAGAGGAAGAGGAGAUUGACAAUGAAGAGGAGGUUGAAGAAGAGGAUUCUAAUUAUGAGGACAAUAUUGAAGAUGUUGAUGAUGAAGAAAUGAAAGACAGCAAAAGUGAGGAGAUGGAUGAAAAGGGGAACUCCUCCCUUGCAGAAGAGGAGCACAUUAAAAAGCGACCAUUCAAGAAAACUCCUAAAAGAAGGGAAAGCUCUUUAUCACAAAGUCAAAGUAAAAAGACACCAAAACGUUUUAAAUACAGUGCUGAGGAUGAGGACAACAGUGACUUCAAACAGGAAGAUGAGUUUGACAACAGACAAGUAACUUCAACUAGUGUAGACAGAAGUGCUAAUACAAAGAAGAGAAAAUCAUCAAAGAGUACAAGCCAUGAUGAAUCUUAUACAGUUACAUCUAGUGUGGAUAAAGUAAGCAACAUUAACCUUGCUGUGACUGUAUCUGUUGCAUGUCAGACCACGGCUUUGAAAACAGAAACAGAAAGUGUCCACACACAGACAGAUGGCAUAAGUACAGAGUUGCUUGAAGAUAAGAUUGGAUUAAGUCGUUUGUCUUCAUCCCCACAUCAAAGUGAUGACACAAUUUUGGAAGAAAGAAUGUCUUCUGCUAUGGCUAGUCUGACAAAAAGGCUGGAAGAAAAGUUUGAGGAAGAUAAAGCUCUAGCACUCAAACAGCAAUCUCAACAGUUGGAAGAAGAUUUUGGUAAAGAUAAGCAGCAAGCUGUGGAGAGGACAAUAGCUACAAUGAAACUUGAAGUGGAAAAAGCUAGAAAACAAGGAGAGGAUAAAGCAAAAGAGCAGUACAUGGAAGAAAUGAAAAAGUUAGCUGCUAAACAUAAAGAUACUAUUUCUCAAACCAAGAAAAAACAAUGGUGUCAGUACUGUGAAGAAGAAGCUAUGUAUCACUGCUGUUGGAACACUUCCUACUGCAGCAUCAAAUGUCAGCAAGAACAUUGGCACAAAGAACACAAACGUUUCUGCAGACGGAAAAGAAAUGAAACCAACAGUAAAAAUGACAGUGACUGUAAAAAUGAGACUACUAGAAAGUAAAGAAUGUGUUCUCCUGGUGAUAGCUUUUCUAUUUGAACUAUUGCGCUCUGUACUAGCAAUCUUCUCAACGCUUGAAAGUGUUAAAAGUUCUUUCUAGAAUCAAACAAAAUUUUAGUUUUUUUUUUAAUUUUAAUAAUAUUUCUAUGCAAUAUAAUUAGUUUUAAAAUAAUUUUAAUUUUUAAAUAUAUUGAUGUAAAAACUUGUCAUUUUAAAAAAAAUAUUUCUAAGCAAUAAGACAAAAUUUAAGAUCUCUAAAAAAGAUACUUAGUUGUUUUUUUAAGACAGUUUAAGUUUUAAUUGCAAAAUGUAAGUAACAGAAUUUAGACAUUUUUUUCACAUUUUUUGAGGACAAAGCAAACUUCCUCCUUCUUGAUUCAGAUGAUUAAAGACUUUUUAUUAUUAAUUAAAAGACAGUUUUUUCCCCUAUCUUUGAAUGAACUUGUUUACUAUCUAAACAGAUAUGCACUAAGCAUUCCUUCACAAAUCUGAUAUUCAUUAUUAUCUACUUUUUAUUGAUGUAAAAGCAUUUAUUUUGACUUACAUUUCAUUUGUGUCAAUGUUUUUGUGUUUUGUCUUGGAGCUAAUGUGAUGAACUAACAUUAAAACUAUAACAGAAUGGAGACUAGCUUUAUAAUUUUUAUUUACAUUACUGUUUCUUGUGUUUUUUGUUUGGUACUUUAUGUUGAAACAUAUUUUUUUUGUUUUAUUAUUUCUUUAACAUUUUUAUUUCAUUUUUCCAUUAAAGUUCAUCUUUAAUAAAGAUAUCAAUUAAAAUUGUUUUUUUCAAAAAGUUACUGCAACACAUGCAAUUCACAGCCAUUGAUUGAAAUGCAUUUUUUAGGUUGUUUUCACAGAGUAUGCUGGUUAUACAUAUAAACUGAAUAGCACAGCUACUCAUUGAUUAUUUCAAUUUACUUAUAGAGUUUUCUAUUUCUAUAUAAGUACUUUAGAUAAAGUCUCAGAUGACAAUGGGCAAUAGUGUUUUAUUGUCCAAUAUAUUUUUGACAACUGUUUAUUCCAUGUCAAGAGAAUGUUAUUAUUUUGAUGUUCAAUUGCACACACUAAAAACUUGUAGUGUUAUCUCUUAUUUCUACAAGUCUAGUCAAGAGUAGAGUUUUAAAAUGACUUGUUUGUACUCUCAUCUUGUUAUAUAAUAUAAUACAGAGAUUUGUUUCUCACUAUAGAUGUUUUGAAUGUUUACCUGUUCUUUAAAAUACAUUUUCGAAACAUACAUUUUCAACAUAAACUAUUUUUAAAUUGCAUUUUAUUUAUUUUUUUAAAUGGUCUUUGAAUUGUUGGUUAAUUUAAAAGAAAAUGUUAAAUUCUUUUUUUUUUAUUGCAUUUCAAAUAUUUAAAUGAUUUCAAACAGUAGUUUUCCUGAGAAAAGAUUCUAGUGUUUCUAAAAAUGUUCAAUUAUGUUUUAGAAAGUACAUUUACUUCCUAUUCUUUAGGAAAAAAACCUCUUCUAAAACAAAUGUUAUUUAACUCAUAUUUUAUGGGAUGAAUUUCUUUGAUAUUUUUGAGAAGCGUUUUUCUAAUUUAUUCUAGUUAUUUUAGGGAAUGAAUUUCUUAAAUGCUGUUGAUCAAAGUUUUCAGUCCUCCAGCUAACUAAUGUUAUUGUAUGUCAUCUGAACUUGAUCUGCUCAAGAGCUAUACAUAAUUGUAAGUGGAACUACUGAGCUAUAAAUAUGUAAUGAACUAUAAAUAUUUAUUUGUAAAAUGGAUGCCAUUUAUUUAAUGUUUGUGUUGAUAAGUGAAGUUGCAACUAUUUUUACAAACCAUUUGUUAUCCAGAUCCCUUAGAACAACUGUUGUCUCUAUUUUAAAUUUUUUUCGCCAAAUUAAUACAGUUCAGUAUAUAUUUUCUGCAUUGUCCUGGCCAUACUAAAUUUAGAGUUUUUUUUUUGUUUUUUUUUAUAAUUUUUAUGUUCAACUUCAAUAUUGGUGCAUUGUUUUUUUUCUAAUGAUAUUUUUUUAUGUAUGUACAAAGAUAUUUAUUUUUUUGUCUCAAAUAUCUCAUUUAGAAAAACAAAAACAUUUAUUGGAAGAGCUAGAGUACCGAUAUAGUCGCAAGUUAACCAAUAGCAGACACAAGUUUGAACUCUACAGACCCAUAUCUUGUGGAAAUUUGUUGAACUGUCUCUUUCCAACAUCAGUAAUCUGAAAUGUUAGUUUUUCAUUGAUUUCACUUUCUUUUUUUUUUCUUUCUACUGAUUUGUUUACCCAUUCACUACCAACAUUUGUUUUGUGUGUUCUCUUUGAAAUGUAUAAACAUUUGGCCUACGACCUGCUAAUUUACAUUGUAAUGUCAUUGAAACAUAUCAAAACAAAUAUUGAAAUAUUAGCACAAGGCUAAGUCAUUCUUUCUUUAUCUUUAUAUGGUUAGUGACUUUACUUUUUGUAUAUUGUUGUUUUGUGUUUCAAGCCUCUUCAAAAAUUGGACUGGAAGUAAAUAAGAAACUUCCUGAGGUUAGGGACCUUUCCUUCAAAACUUUUUUUCAUUUUGUUCAGAUUGUUUUCUUUGAAUUGUAUGCAUUUUAAAUUAUUUUAAGGAGAUAUUUCACACACACACACACAAGAAUUUAUCUUGAUCAUGUCCUUGAGGUCAUUGAAAUAAGAAGUAGAGUUAAGGCAAAAAAAAAAAGGUUUUGUUACUUAUGUCUUGAUAAGUCAAGUUUUUAGAUCUAUAUGAUAGCUGUCUUUUUUUUUUUUUUUUAAUUUGUUUCAACUUCAGAAAAUUUUUAAUUCUGUGCACUUAAAUAUAUAGAGCUUUCUCUUCUUCAUAAGAAAUUUAUGAACCACCUUAUGUUGGGAUCAUACAUUGUACAACCCAGAGAGAACUUGUUUUAUUUAGAAUGGCAUGCUUAAUUAGUUUAAGUUUAGAAUGCGUUGACCAAUAAUAUUUUUUAAAGAGCCGGCAAUAUGAGUGUCAUGGUUUGCCUGCUUGUUGAUAAUUAUUGAACCUUACAUACUACACAUUGAAUGUGUGCUUAGUAACAGAUUUGAUUAUUCACAUCCAUAUUUUACUAUCAUCCCCCAUUGAAUUCUCUAGUACUAUGUUCUUGUUAUUUAGUUUUUAUUUGUUGAAUUAUUUGUAUGAAUUGGAUAAUGCUAUAUUUAUCACUGUAGUUUUAGCAGUGUUUUGAAGAUUUUCCUGUUCAAUGAUGUAUCAAUACACUAAAUGAUCUGAAUCACAUUUCUGCAGUGGCUAAUGACACUGCCUAGUUCAUCACUUUUCACUUUUUAAUCUCUGAGCGCAACUCAGAAAUAUUCUUUUACCUUUGAUCCAAGUAAACUGUGGCACUGCAGUGGUGUUAUCAGAUUCAAAAGGAUUUGAAUCCAACUUGAUAGUUUUGUUUUUGUUUACUUGUAAUUCAUUUGUUGUUUCCCUUUAUGAUGUAUUGACAUGUUUGAAUGACAGAUACCUUUUAUGAUUAAUUUUGGCACAAAUCAAUAAGGGAAUUAAAACAAAUGUGAACUAAAA